AUGAGCAGCUACGGUAGCUACGUCGCCUACGGUGGUGGUCGUAGUGGGGGCUCGCCGUACACCAGCCAUGUCGUCGAUCCCUAUGCUCGGAACCUCUCUAAUCACUUCGAGUACAUCGACGCCGAUCAUGGGAUGCUGCAAGAGCCGCAUCGUCAUUCGGUCGCCAGAUUACAUGAGAAUAUCCCGAUGGAAGAUCCCGAUGCCCCAGAUGUUGUCCUUGUGCGCUACAUGGCCUCUAUGAUCCCUGUCGAAUUCCCUCCAUACUCCAUCAGCGAAGAGACCGCCUAUGUGGGCCAACUCCGGGAAGCCGUCGCCCGAUACCUGCAGACGGACCCCAGAAGAGUCAGGCUGGUGUACAAGAAGCGCGAUCUCAAACAUGAUGCCUGGCCGCUGCGAAAAUACAACAUGAAGCAAAACAGCGAGGUGGCAGCCAUCAAGACCGAGGGUUUCCUAGACUACAGUGAUAGAGAUAGUCAUUCGUCGAGCGGUGAAGACAUCCCUGAGCAAAACCCUCGACGCCGCCCACGCGCCGUGUCUUCGGUCAGACAUCGUAGCGACGAAAAUCUACCGCAGCAGGGCUCAUCCAGCUAUCUCCAUCCCAAUGGCCAUCUUUCCGCCGGGCCCACAUCGGAACGACAGUCGCGCAAUAGUCUGAGACCCGAGCCCGAUGACCGUCCCCCGCGACGAGAGCCGUCUCGAACCAGAGGAACAUCCCCUCACCCCUCCCCGUCUUCGACCCCUGUUCCGACGUCCCUGCCUGCAGCAGAUCCGAAUACCCCACUGGGAAAGUUGCAGACUCUUUCAGAUAUUUUCCACGAGCAAUGGCAUCCCCUCUGCCGCAAGUUCAUAUCUAAUCCACCUUCUUUGCCUCAGGAACGUGAGAAAGAACACCGCAAGUUGAGCGAGAGCGUCAUGACCCACAUUAUCCUGAAGGCGGAUGCAAUUGACGUGGACUCAGGAGAAGCACGCGGGUUCAGGAAAGGCCUGUUGAACGAAGUUAAUGAGAUGAUGAAGAAGAUAGAUGCUGUGGCUAAGGGGUGA